CUACGGUUAAAGUCUCUCAACUCAUUGCCCAGACAAGAAUGAUAGAGAAGAGAGAGACAAGGAGAUAGAGAGAAAAGAAAGAGGAGAGAUAAACGAAAGAGAGAAAGCUAAUAGAGAAGGCCUGUGUGUGUAUAUCGACUGCUGCUUAAAGCUUGAAGUUCUAGUUGAAUUUGUUUGGUGAAUUUCGUGAAGAUUAUUAUUAUUAGCUUGUUGUGAGUAAGGUCUAAGUUAGAGGUAGAAAUGGUUGAUUAAUCGAGGAAGUGAUGUUAGAAUUUUGAUUUUUGAGACAGUAAAUGAGAGAUCUGAGCUAAAGAAGCAGUUUCAGGUGAUUUAUGGAUUCUUCAGAGAUUUCAAUAAAAGGUAACAGCAGCGUAAGGGGAGGAGAGGAGAGCUUCUCUUCCAGCUACAGUGAGCCUAACGUCGCCAUGGAAGGCCAGAAAGGUCAUUCUACUCGUCCGGUCUCUGCUAAAGACGCUGAAAAGGCUCUUUAUACCGAGCUUUGGAAUGCCUGUGCUGGUCCUUUAGUCACCGUUCCUCGUGAGAACGAGCUCGUUUAUUACUUUCCUCAGGGUCACAUAGAGCAGGUAGAGGCAUCAACAAAUCAGUUAGCAGACCAGCAGAUGCCAGUUUAUAAUCUUCCAUCAAAGAUCUUGUGUCGCGUGAUCAACGUCCAACUGAAGGCCGAACCAGAUACUGAUGAGGUGUUUGCACAAGUCACUUUACUUCCCGAGCCCAUCCAAGACGAGAAUGCAGUGAAGAAAGACCCUCCUCAACCUCCACCACCAAGAUUUCAUGUGCAUUCAUUUUGUAAAACCCUGACUGCAUCAGAUACUAGUACCCAUGGCGGGUUUUCUGUGCUCAGGCGACAUGCUGAUGAGUGUCUGCCGCCUCUGGAUAUGUCAAGGCAACCUCCAACCCAGGAAUUGGUUGCCAAGGAUUUGCAUGGAAAUGAGUGGCGAUUCCGCCAUAUCUUCAGGGGUCAACCGCGAAGGCACUUGCUUCAAAGUGGAUGGAGCGUGUUUGUUAGCUCCAAAAGGCUUGUUGCUGGUGAUGCGUUUAUAUUUUUAAGAGGUGAGAAUGGAGAACUCCGAGUUGGUGUUAGACGAGCCAUGAGACAACAGGGUAAUGUUCCAUCAUCUGUCAUAUCCAGCCACAGCAUGCAUCUAGGUGUUCUUGCUACAGCAUGGCAUGCCAUCUCUACAGGAACCUUGUUCACUGUUUAUUAUAAGCCAAGGACAAGCCCUGCUGAGUUCAUUGUUCCAUUUGAUCGAUACAUGGAGUCUGUCAAGAACAAUUAUUCUAUUGGGAUGAGAUUUAAAAUGAGAUUUGAAGGGGAAGAAGCUCCUGAGCAAAGAUUCACUGGAACAAUUGUUGGAAUUGAAGAUGCUGAUUCCAAAAGGUGGCGAGAAUCCAAAUGGAGAUCUCUCAAGGUGAGAUGGGAUGAAACUUCUACUAUACCUCGUCCGGAUCGAGUUUCACCGUGGAGUGUGGAGCCUGCUCUGGCUCCUCCUGCAUUGAAUCCCCUUCCAGUCCCCAGGCCUAAAAGGCCCCGAUCCAACAUGGUGCCUUCAUCCCCGGACUCUUCAGUUCUUACUAGAGACGGUUCAUCAAAAGUAACCAUAGACCCUCCACCACCUAGUGGAUAUUCUAGGGUCUUGCAAGGUCAAGAAUUCUCGACCUUGCGAGGAAAUUUUGCGGAGAGCAAUGAAUCAGAAACUGCUGAAAAGUCUGUCAUGUGGCCACCCUCAGUAGAUGACGAGAAGAUUGACGUAUCUGCUUCAAGAAGACAUGGAUCAGAGAGUUGGAAUCUCUCAGGGAGGCCAGAGCCUACCUAUACAGAUUUGCUAUCAGGAUUUGGAUCAAAUGCUGAUUCUUCCCAUGGGUUCACUUCAUCCUUUGUUGAUCAAGCUGCAACAGCUGCUAGUAGAAAACUUGUAUUAGAUCAGGAAGGCAAGUUUAACUUGCUUGCCAACCCAUGGUCCUUAAUGUCAUCAGGUCUGUCGCUCAAGUUAUCGGAGUCUAAUACAAAGGUUUCUGUACAAGGUCGUGAUAUACCUUACCAAGCACGAGGAAAUAUCAGAUGCAGUGCUUUCAGUGAGUAUCCCAUACUCCAUGGUCAUAGAGUUGACCAGUCGCAUGGAAAUUGGUUGAUGCCUCCCCCUCCACCCUCUCAUUUUGAUAAUCUCGCACAUGCAAGAGAGCCAGUUUCAAAACCCUUACAAGAACAUGAUAUUGGGAAAUCCACAGAUGGAAACUGUAAACUCUUUGGUAUUCCCCUGUUUAGUAAUCCUGUUGCACCAGAGCCAGCAACAUCACAUAGAAACAUGGUGAAUGAACCCACAACAGCCCAUCCUCAGAGCCACCAACCUCGUGCACUGGAAUCUGAUCAAAGGUCAGAACAACCCAGGGUUUCUAAAAUGGCUGAUGAUAAUGAGCAUGAGAAACAAUUCCAAUCUGGUCAUUUACAUACGAGGGAUAUUCAAGGCAAAACUCAAACUGGUUCAACUAGGAGUUGUACUAAGGUUCAUAAGCAGGGAAUUGCACUUGGUAGGUCUGUUGAUCUUGCCAAGUUCAAUAACUAUGAUGAGUUGAUUGCUGAAUUGGAUCGGCUGUUUGAAUUUGGUGGUGAAUUAAUUUCUCCCAAAAAAAACUGGUUGAUUGUAUAUACUGACGAUGAGGGUGAUAUGAUGCUUGUUGGAGAUGACCCCUGGCAGGAAUUUGUUGGCAUGGUUCGAAAGAUAUUCAUCUACACAAGGGAGGAGGUACAAAAGAUGAAUCCAGGAACCUUAAAUUCUAAGGGUGAUGAGCAUCUGUUGGAUGUGGAUGGUGUGGAUGCUAAAGAAGUAAAAUGCGUUCCACUUCCCCCUGCACAAAGCACCGAGAACUGUUAGGUUUUUCUUACAUGAAGCAAGGCAAGGGUGCUAGGCCAUUUCAGUUGGAUAAAAAUUGAGAUGGGUGUGAGCGACCUCUAUUUAAGAUGCCAAGUAUGAUAUUUAGCCAAUUUUGGACUGUUCGUGGAGUUAGUAUUGUAUGGUGUCCACUUAUACAUAAAUAUAUAUAUAUAAUAUAUAUACCCCUCUGCUCUGAGCAAGGCAGUCGUAGCCCUGCUUAUUAUUAUUAAUUUUUUUUUUUUUUUCUGGAAAAAGAUUUCCAUCCCACCUUGUACAUAGUUGUAUUACCCUCACCUCCCCGCCUUUUAAUGUAAGUAAGUCCAUACAUCCUGUAAUGGUUUUUUUGGGCAGUUCAUCAAUCUUCUAAUGUUCAUUUUGUUGGUUUCCAUA